GUUAAAUCCGUUUUGUCAGACGCUCAUGUGCAGCGGAGCCACUUGUCCAUGAUCCUGUUGCGAAAUUCCGCCUAAAAUGAUGAGAGGAGCGAAAGCGGUUUUUCUCAUUUUAUUUUUCGGCCAUCUUUCUGCUUUGCCUGACACCAUACGAAUAGGUGGACUGUUUCAUCCAGAAGACGAUAAACAAGAAGUAGCAUUUCGUUAUGCCGUAGAACGCGUUAAUGCAGAUCGAGCAGUGCUACCCAGAGCAAAACUUUUAGCCCAAGUUGAAACCAUUUCACCACAAGACAGCUUCCAUGCUUCCAAACGAGUAUGUCACCUUUUGCGGAGUGGAGUGGCGGCCAUUUUCGGGCCACAAUCGGCACCCGCAGCCGCCCACGUUCAGUCUAUUUGUGACACAAUGGAACUGCCACACUUAGAGACCAGAUGGGACUACCGCACUAGACGGGAGUCAUGUCUUGUCAACCUUUACCCACAUCCAGCGGCACUCAGCCGGGCUUACGUAGAUCUAGUACGGGCAUGGGGAUGGAAGUCCUUCACGAUAGUUUAUGAGAACAGCGACGGAUUAGUUAGACUGCAAGAGUUGCUCAAAGCCCAUGGUCCAUCAGAAUUGCCAGUGUCAGUACGGCAACUACCGGAUUCGCAUGAUUACAGGCCACUUCUAAAGCAAAUAAAGAAUUCAGCGGAAUCUCACAUAGUGCUUGAUUGUGCGACGGACAGAAUCAGGGAUGUUCUCCAACAAGCACAACAGAUUGGAAUGAUGUCUGACUACCAUAGCUACCUUAUUACCUCCUUGGAUCUCCACAGUGUAGACUUGGAAGAGUUCAAAUAUGGUGGCACGAAUAUAACAGCUCUCAGAUUGCUUGAUCCUGAACGAGCCGACGUUCAGCGAGUUAUUCGGGAUUGGGUGUACGACGAAGCCAGAAAAGGGCGGAAACUACAACUAGGACACACUUCGGCCAAGGAAAAUAUGACGUUCAUUAAGACUGAAACGGCUCUCAUGUAUGAUGCAGUACAUUUGUUCGCAAAAGCUCUGCACGAUCUUGAUACGUCGCAACAAAUCGAUGUGAGGCCGCUCUCGUGCGAGGCCGAGGACACCUGGCCCCAUGGGUACAGUCUCAUCAAUUACAUGAAAAUCGUUGAAAUGAAAGGCUUAACUGGAGUUAUAAAGUUCGACCAUCAGGGAUUUAGAAGCGACUUCACUUUAGACAUAAUAGAGUUGACGAGAGAUGGCUUGCAAAAGGCAGGCACUUGGAACUCCUCAGAGGGCGUUAAUUACACAAGAUCCUAUGGUGAAAAUCAAAAACAAAUAGUCGAAAUCCUCCAGAACAAAACCCUUAUUGUGACUACAAUUUUGAGUGCACCGUAUUGUAUGAGGAAGGAGGCCAGUGAAAAGCUAACUGGGAACGCUCAAUUCGAGGGCUACGCCAUUGAUCUCAUUCACGAGAUAUCUAAAAUUCUGGGCUUCAAUUAUACAUUCAAGCUGGCGCCAGACGGUCGAUACGGCUCCCAAAACAGGGAGACUAAAGAGUGGGACGGAAUGAUAAGGGAAUUGUUGGAACAAAGAGCGGAUGUUGCCAUAGCUGACCUCACCAUUACAUACGACAGGGAACAAGUGGUAGACUUCACGAUGCCGUUCAUGAACCUGGGUAUCUCAGUAUUGUAUCGAAAGCCAAUCAAGCAGCCACCGAACCUAUUCUCUUUCCUGUCGCCUUUAUCACUGGACGUAUGGAUCUAUAUGGCCACGGCUUAUCUCGGCGUCUCCGUGCUACUUUUUAUUCUGGCGAGGUUCACUCCGUACGAAUGGCAUCCAACACAUACCCCAGACGGCGAGAAAAUGGAAAAUAUAUUUUCACUUGCCAACUGUUUGUGGUUUGCCAUCGGAUCUCUUAUGCAGCAGAGCUGUGACUUUUUACCCAAGGCGGUAUCAACCAGAAUGGUGGCGGGAAUGUGGUGGUUUUUCACUCUAAUCAUGAUAUCAUCAUACACUGCGAACUUGGCCGCUUUCUUGACGGUGGAAAGGAUGGAUUCGCCAAUAGAGAGCGCAGAAGAUCUCGCCAAGCAAACCAAAAUCAAAUAUGGCGCCCUUAAGGGAGGUUCGACGGCAGCAUUUUUCAGGGACUCAAACUUCUCGACAUACCAGCGUAUGUGGUCGUUCAUGGAAUCCGCGCGUCCAUCUGUGUUCACCAGCAGCAACAAGGAAGGGGAAGAGCGAGUGAUGCGGGGCAAAGGCGCGUAUGCUUACCUGAUGGAGUCUACCACCAUCGAGUACGUGGUAGAGAGAAACUGCGACCUGACACAAGUAGGAGGCAUGCUUGACUCGAAGGGCUACGGAAUCGCUAUGCCACCAAAUUCACCGUACCGCACCGCCAUCAGCGGAGCCGUUUUGAAAUUACAAGAGGAAGGUAAACUGCACAUUUUGAAGACUAAAUGGUGGAAAGAGAAACGUGGCGGUGGAUCUUGCAGGGACGACACGUCUAAAUCUUCGUCCACCGCCAACGAGUUAGGACUCGCGAACGUGGGUGGCGUAUUUGUGGUCCUAAUGGGAGGGAUGGGUGUCGCAUGCGUCAUCGCGGUCUGCGAAUUCGUGUGGAAAUCACGUAAAGUAGCAGUCGACGAACGAGCUUCGCUUUGCUCCGAAAUGGCUUCGGAGUUGCGUUCCGCGCUGAAAUGCCCGAGUGGAGCGGGCAACGGAGGGGGCACGGGGGGGCCGCGUGAUGGCUCCGGCUCCCCAUACUUGCACUACGGAUUCAGUACAAAGAGCCAGCUACACUAGCGCCCGGACUCGGCCUCCUCGCCACCGAGCGAUGUGUAGCCAGAAAAAAAAACUGAACUACUCACAGAGCGUAUUUUGUGCCAGUGAUGUGAAAACGUUCGAUCAUUCGGAAUUUCAAAAGACGCUGAUGUAAAUAACUAAGUCAUAUCUUAUCCAUAGACAAAACAUGUUGUUGUGAAGGUUAUAUUAAUAAAAAGUCUUGUUUUUACCGCUCCAUUGGGAUCGUUUGUAAAUAUAAUGUACUUUUAUAGUUUGCAAGUCAAAUAUUAAUGUGUCAAACCCGUUAAGAAUACUAGUUCCUUAGGUUAAGAUUUUUUUUAUUAAUUUAAGAUCUUGAAAGGAUAAAAUAUACUCGUACUGUAGAGUUUAUUGAUGUUUUAUAAAUAUCUAUGAAUUUUUAGGGUAAGAACUAAAAUCCUGAAUCUGUUUACAUUACAUUUAAGGAUACAUACUAUUAAGGAAAUAAAUGUAUCAAUUGUCUUUUUAUAUGACAUAUUCGGAUUUGAGUAGAAAACUCAUUUCUUACUAAAUUACCAAAAAAGAUUAAUCAGCUUUUUUAUAUUAAUAUACUUUUUGUAAUGUUCUUACUUUAAAUUUAUUUCUAGUCUUUAAUUUUCUAUGUGCCAAAUAAAUAAUUCAAUUUAUUUACAAUAUUUAAGACUUGAAAAACGUACUAAGUAUUAAAUUGACCACAUGUAAGAUUAAAAUUUAUAAUUAUUAUUAGAUACAUGGCUCAAAGUGUGCCAAAUAUUCACAAUUUGAUUCCAACUGUGUAAUAUAUGUAAGUCUACAUUUUGAAGUGGAAUUUAAAUGAAUAAAUUGUUUUAAUAUUGCUCUGGUUUAUUUCAACCCCUAAAUCUCACAGCAAAUAAAGUAAUAUCACGGAAUGGCAAUUUUCUACUAAUUAGGGUCAAGUGGGGGAAAGUGUUACUAGGUGCAUAGUGUAACAUAAGGCACAUCUUAUUUAUCUAUGUCGUCAAAAAACCCUGUCUGUGGAGAUGGCAGAUUUCUGCCAUGAGUUGAGAAAAUUAUUUUCAUAUUUUGCGUUUUAACAUAAUUAGUAAUGACUUUUAAUUUACAUAUGAGGAGCUGGCGAACAAAAGGGUAUAAUUACGCAUCUGGUCAAACUACACUUUUUUACAGUCAGGAGGUUUCGGGCCCGUUUUAUUUGAAUCUCAAAUAAUUUAGUCAAAUUUACCUAAAACAGUGUUAAAAUUACUAAAUUUAUAAAUUAAAAACCAUUUCAAAGAUCAGUAGAGAUAUGUUAUUCAGUUUUAUACAGCUCCUGUAAAAUUUGAUUAUAUGUAAUUAUAGCGCCAGCUCCUCAUAUCAUAUAUGUAGAGAAAUUUGUAGAGAAAUAAUUCAAAAUUGAUUUAAGACAUAAAU